GCGUGCUAUUGGUGUAAGGAAUUUAGGAAAAGGUUAAUCUUACUCUUUCCUAAAAAAAAAAAAAAAACCACAAAGGAGAAAACAGAAAUUCAAACCUCCCUUAAACAGUUUCUAGCAUAUCUGGAGCUGGCCUUUGAAAGCCAUCAGAGUAUGUUGCCUACAGAAUACAUACAAGCAUACUCAGAUAGCUUAAAGACCCUUUAUUAAAUUUUAUAAUGCAAGUCUUCUAAUCAAGGAGAACAGCCAUAUAAGGUAAAUCAGUAUUGGGUAAUACUGUGGAUUUAUUAUUGGUGGGUAGCUGCUGACCACUGUACUAUGCAAACUCAUUUCACCAGGGGAACAGAUAUUGUGCACUUAUAUACCUGGUUACACAGCUAGGAGUUGCUUCCUAAGUAUGUUACCAUAUAUGCUGAAACACACAUUGCUUGAAUACUUUUUCUUUCCUCUAUAAAUAUAAUAAUUUAGUGAGCAAUAGAACUAAUCCUAAUAAGAUGACAUUAUGAAGAUUCAGAAAGAGUUGACUUUGAAUGAAAUUUUGUUAAGAGUGAUUGUAACCACAGUGCUCUUUAAAAGUCUCCUAAUGGUUCUUGUUUUUAUUACACUGAGAUGGAAAUAGAUACAACUACAGUACUACAAACCCUUAGCAGGCAAGUAACAGAAUUGGACAAACCUAUUUUGCAUGCAUGCUUGGUUUUCCAGCAGCCAUGGCAAAAGGAAAGAAGAAGAAAAAAGCCUUUGACGUUUACCAAAGAAAUGGUGAUGGAGAAGCCAAGUCCACUGCUUGUAGGGCAAGAGUUUGUGAGACAGUACUAUACCCUGCUAAAUAAAGCACCAGAUUUCUUACACAGGUUUUAUGGCAGGAACUCUUCAUAUGUCCAUGGUGGAUUAGAUGCCAGUGGCAAGCCCCAAGAAGCUGUUUAUGGCCAAGCUGACAUUCACAAAAAGGUGAUGUCCCUACAGUUUAGUGAGUGCCGCACUAAGAUUCGCCAUGUUGAUGCCCAUGCAACCCUGAAUGAUGGAGUAGUUGUGCAAGUCAUGGGGGAGUUGACAAACAAUGGACAACCAAUGAGAAAGUUCAUGCAAACAUUUGUGCUGGCUCCAGAAGGGUCUGUUCCAAAUAAGUUUUAUGUCCACAAUGAUAUAUUUCGCUAUGAAGAUGAAGUAUUUGGUGAUUCUGAACCUGAACUGGAUGAAGAAUCAGAAGAUGAAGUAGAAGAGGAAAAUGAAGACAGACAAACAUCACCUGAAACUGUACAAGAAAAUACCAGCAGUGCUUACUAUGAUAGUCAUCCUGUAACAAAUGGAAUAGAAGAAACAUUGGAAGAGUCUUCUCAUGAGCCUGAACCAGAGUUAGAAUCUGAAUCAAAAACUGAAGAACUGAAAACCGAAGUGGAAGAAAAAAACCUUGAAGAACUAGAAGUAAAAUCUCCAUCCCCACCUCCUGUAGAAACUGUUUCUCUACCACAAGAACCACCAAAGGCUUUCUCCUGGGCUUCAGUGACCAGUAAAAACCUGCCUCCUAGUGGUACUAUUUCUUCUUCUGGAAUUCCAAGUCAUGUCAAAGCACCAGCCUCACAGCAAAGAAUCGAAACAAAAUCCGAAAACCAAUCCCAAUCACCUCGUGUACGUGAACAGCGUCCAAGGGAGAGACCAGGUUUUCCAUCAAGGGGACCCAGGCCAGGCCGGGGGGAUAUGGAUCAAAAUGAAUCAGAUAGUCGUCGAAUAAUUCGAUAUCCAGAUAGUCACCAGCUCUUUGUUGGCAAUCUGCCACAUGACAUUGAUGAAAAUGAACUGAAAGAAUUCUUUAUGAGUUUUGGGAAUGUUGUGGAACUUCGUAUCAAUACAAAAGGUGUUGGAGGAAAACUUCCAAACUUUGGCUUUGUGGUUUUUGAUGACUCUGAACCAGUUCAGAAAAUUUUAUUGGCCAAACCUAUAAUGUUCCGGGGUGAGGUGCGUUUGAACGUAGAAGAAAAAAAGACCAGAGCUGCUCGUGAAAGAGAAACUCGAGGUGGUGGUGAUGAUCGCAAGGAUAUUCGACGCAGUGACAGAGGGGGUUCACGUGGCAUGGUGGGUGGUGGAAUGAUGCGAGACCGUGAAGGCAGAGGGCCACCUCUGAGAGGAGCCAUGGCCCAGAAGCUUGGCUCUGGAAGAGGAACAGGGCAGAUGGAAGGCCGAUUCACAGGUCAACGUCGCUGAAGAUCCAUUGUUGGCAGGCAGUCUUGACAGUGAUACGUUAUUCGUCAUGUUUGCAUUUUUGUUAAUUUUCUGGCUUUGGAAUGUAACAUAGCCUUUUUUUUUAUCAUUUCUUUGAUGUGAAAGACAUCCUUUGAUCACCAGGUAAAUUGUGGUGGACAUUCUUUUCCUAAUUUCAUGACAAGUCAUAAUGUUAAUUUAUAAAUUAGACUUGGGGAUUAGGGACCGAGAAAUGAUCAUUUAAACUUUCUGCAGCAACAACAAAGGACAGAGGGUAUGACUAAUUGAGUUAAGGUCUUUCCAAUGUGUUAAAAUCUUUCUGCUGCACAUUUUGUUUAAGUGUUACUGUUGGAAAUGCAAAUAGUGCAAUCUUUGAAUUGGAAAAGCUUGCCCCCCCCCCUCUUUUUUUCUUUUAGAACUCUUGAUUCCAAACAACUCAUGUUUUGUGAACUUUAAACGCACUAAUGGGUACCUGCCUCAUCUUACAUUGACAUCUGCUGAAAGCAGCAAGGAAAAAUAAUAGCUUGUGAAACAAUGCGGGCAUCUGCUCUGCUUGCUGUGACCAAUAUAUGUACACAUAAACUUAACAAGACUAAAAAUAUGUUCCAGAAGGAAACCAUUUAGCUGUAAACACAAAUGUAAAACUUCAAAAAUCAUAGUCCUGAAUAGAAAAAAAAAGGUUUUUUCUUUUGUAAAAGUCUUAUGAGCUUUCUGCCUCUCUGUAAACGGGGAUGGUUGAUUGCUCAACACACUCCUCUUACCUUUUCCCUUUCUGUAAGCAGUGUACAGUGAAAAAUUGUCUUUACUGUAUUGAGGUCUCUGGUAAUGUAAUAAGCAUGAUGGUGCCUUCUAUUAAAUACAUCAUUCCAGUCUUGCUGGUGAUUUUGUACAGUAUAGUGUAUGAAUGGCUGUGCUGCAAAACUUUAACAGCUGUAAAAAUGUUUAUAAAAUCAUUGUAUAAAAUUGCAGUAUCUUUAAAUCAGUAAAGGCUACUGGAAUAUUACUUGCCUAGCUCUAUAGUUAAGUUUUUGAAGCCUUUGAACAAAAGAGGUAUUAAGUGGUAGAUGCUUUUUAAAAAUUGAAGUUUGGUUAUAGAAUUGAGUAUUCCUUUUGCAUAGACAAGUCCAAAGUUAAUUAAGUGGGGGGGGGGGUUGUUUUAAGUGUACUCCAGAUAACAUAUUUAACAUACAACUUGUUACACUGAAGGAUACUGCAAUUUUCAUAGAGCAGGGAAAUCGCUCAAAUACUUGCUACUUUCAAUUUUUGAACUAUCACCCAUUUUGCACAAACUUUGAAGUGACUUUGCCUACAAGGCUCAGAUUUGUACAUAGAGGGAAGAUCUCUUCUUAUGUAUUUGGACUUGGUGGAGCAUCUUGCGUUUGGGUGAGAGGUUUGCUGUUUCCAGUUCCUGUUUGCAUAGAUAGCACAUUCCAGAAAACCGCAGAUGUAGCGAACAGAACUCCCCAGCUUCAUGCUAGACAGUUCAACAAACCCUCACUCAGGUUUAUUCUUGAAGAGGGGAGAUAAAAGCUUGUGACCGUUCAGAACUGCUCUAAACAUGGAAGACCUCAUAUGCUACGAUGUAACAAAAACCUGUAAUGCAAGAAGCAUUUGGUGAAACCAACCAUUUGUUGUUUCCCAAAAAUGUGGAAAAUUUUGCCUGUAGGUUGAGGUGUGGAGUAAGUUUAUAUUGUUUUUUACUCCCCAAAUUGAGAUCUUCCAUGUUUGAUGGUAAGUCUUGCACUAUUUUCAUACACUUUCUGGGGUACAUUUCUCUAUUUCCAUGUUUAUGUGAGGGGAGGGGCCGUGCUGAAUUGUUUCAUUUUCAGAUGAUACCUGGAUAUGUAGUACUUGAAUGCUUCUACAUGAACUAUGUUGAAUUCGAAACCUUUUUUUAAACUGCUUUUCUCAACAGGCAGUUCUGUACCAGUGUUUCAGUAUUUAUAUUUGGCUUUUUAGUGCUAUAAUAUUGCCCUACCAUCUUCUGUAAAACUGUUAAGGCAAACAGCACUAAUGGAAUAAUGAUAAAUAAUGUAAUGACAAUUAGAGGAGCUACCUAGCCAUUGAGCUUUCCAGUUUGCUUCUUUGAAUGCCAUGAAAUAACUAUUGGAAGCAUACACAGAUGUUUACAUGGUGAUUGUUCACCUACUUAAUAGUGGAUACAUAGUGUUCUUGUCCCUCUUUUCAAUAAAUGUACCUCUAGAAGAAAAGAACAGAUCUCUUUGACCUAUUUUAUUGCUGAUUUGUUGAUAUAGGUAAUAUUGCUAUUGUUAUAGUCCUAUGUCAACAAACUUGCUUUAAUCAUCUUUUGGCUUUAAUAGGUAUGCAAACAAAUGGAAUUACCCUCUUUAUUGCUGUAAUGUGUUGAGCAUUAUAUGCUAGUAGAACCUAGUUUAAUUGUUGCAGGUGGAAAAUAUUUACUUUUAAGUUUCCAUUUUUGAAUGUGUUUUGACUAAACAUACUAAUAAACUACUGAUGUCUGCAGCAUUUA